CAGGGCUGCUGGGUGGUGGUGUCAUCGUCAUCUCUGCUGUUCUGCUGCCGGGUGGCCUCCCAGGACCUGAGUCGCCGUUGCGUUGCUCAACCAUUAGCCCCUGGAGGGCAGGGCUCUCACCUCAUUUGCUGCCGCCUCCCCAUCCCAAGAACUGAGCCCAGAGCUAAUGAACGCGGAGGCACCGUGGGUGGAUGAUGGAACACUUGGACUUUUGGGGUUGAGGCUGACCCUCGCAUCCCGGGGCUCCUCCCCCCCUGCGUUGGCCGGCUGGAGGCCAGGCCUGCUGGGUGCCCGGGGGUGCCCUGGAAGGACCAGGGCUCCAGCUGGAACUCACAGCCAGAAGAGAAGAGGCAGGAAAAGACACGCCACAGAGGUGUAGGAUUCAAGCAUGCAUUGUCCGUGUUUAUUGAGCGCCUGCUGUAUGCUGGGAUCUAGUAUGCUGAGCGCGGUGAUGGGAACCUGGGAAAGGUGGGCCUGGGUACAUAGGGGGCGUCGGGGAGGUGUUGGCCAAUCGGCCAGCUCUUUGUCUUGGGGGAGGAGGGUAUAUAGAGGGGUCUGGGCUCGUGGUCUCCGACAACUUUUAGAGCGUCAGAGACUGUGUCUGGCUGCCAAUCCAGACGCCUUGGGGAGCCGCUCCUCUGAAAUUCCUUCCCGCACGCACCCCAGACCCUCCGCAGUCCGUGAUGCAGAAGGGCAAUAGAGCGCCUCGCCGUGCUCCCUCUGCCCCCACCCCCAGCGUGCAGGCCUCUGCCGCAGACAUGGAGAAACUCAGGCUGCGCAGCCCCUGGGUGCCCUCAUGCCUCGGGCAGCCCCGCGUCCUGCAGGGCCGACUGGCCAGGUCCUCGCCCUCGCUCUGGGACAGCGCGCUGCAGGAGCAGAAGGGCGAGCUGCGCAAGCGGCUGUCCUACACCACCCACAAGCUCGAGAAACUGGAGACCGAGUUCGACUCCACCCGCCACUACCUGGAGGUCGAGCUGCGCCGCGCGCAGGAGGAACUGGAGAAGGUCACUGAGAAGCUGCGCAGGAUUCAGAGCAACUACAUGGCGCUGCAAAGGAUCAACCAGGAGCUGGAGGACAAGCUGUACCGCAUGGGCCAGCACUACGAGGAAGAGAAGCGCGCUCUUAGUCACGAGAUCGUUGCCCUCAACAGCCACCUGCUGGAGGCUAAGGUGACCAUUGACAAGCUUUCGGAGGACAAUGAGCUGUAUCGAAAGGACUGUGAUCUGGCGGCCCAGCUGCUGCAGUGCAGCCAGACCUACGGCAGAGUCCACAAGGUGUCCGAGCUGCCCUCUGAGUUCCAGGAGCGCAUGAGCCUGAGCAUGGACAAGCCCAGCUGCAGCCUGCCCUCCCCGCUCUGCCGCCCGGCCUACGCCGACAGCGUCCCGGCCUGCGUCAUGGCCAAGGUGUUGGAGAAGCCCGACCAGGCCAGCCUGUCCUCCCGUCUGUCGGAUGCCUCGGCCAGCGACCUGGGCUUCCGCGACGGGCUGGAGAAGCCGGGCUCCCGGCCCCCCUACAAGGGGGACCUCUACUGCAGCGACACGGCGCUCUACUGCCCGGAGGAGCGGCGGCAUGACCGGCGGCCCAGCGUGGAUGGGCCCGUGGCCGACGUGGGCUUCCUGCAGGCCCAGAAUUCCACCGACAGCACGGCCGAUGAGGAGGAGGAGGCCGAGGCGGCUGCCUACCCUGCGAGCUACCGGCACGAGGCCUUCCCGGGCUACGCGGCCUCACUGCCCACGUCCAGCUCCUACUCGAGCUUCAGCGCCACCUCGGAGGAGAAGGAGCACGCCCAGGCCAGCACGCUCACGGCCUCCCAGCAGGCCAUCUACCUGAAUAGCCGCGAUGAGCUGUUCGGCCGCAAGCCGCCCGCGGCCUACGAGAGCAGCCCGCGCUAUGCGGCUGCCGCCGCCGCCGCCGCCGCCGCGGUGGCCGCCCCGCUCGAGGCCGCGGUAGCCCCGGGGUACCCUCGGACUGUGUCCCCGUACCCGGCCGAGCCCUACCGCUUCCCGGCGCCCUCGGUCUCCCCAGGGCCCCAGCAGGCCCUGAUGCCCCCUAAUCUGUGGAACCUGCGGGCCAAGCCGGGGUCAGCCCGGCUGGUCGGGGAGGAUGCGCGCGGCCAGUGGCGGCCCCUGAGCGUGGAGGACAUCGGCGCCUACCCCUUUCAGGCCGCCGCCGCCGCCGCUGCAGCCGCUGCUGCAGCGGCCGCUGCCGCUGGCGCCGCUGGCGCCGCUGGCCGGGCCUCACCCUGCAACUUCAAUGAUCGUUAUUUCGGGGGCGGGGCGGGAGGCUCCGGGGAUAAGGCCGAGGGCCGCGCCAGCCCCCUCUAUGCCAGCUACAAGGCUGACAGCUUCUCGGAGGGCGAUGACCUCGCCCAGGGCCACCUGGCCGAGCCCCGCUUCCUCCGGGUGGCCGGCGAGCUGAGCCUCAGCCCUGGGCGCGCGGCCGACCCCCUGCCCAGCUAUGCGGCCAGCGAGGGGGAUCGGGAGAGGCUCGGGGUGCAGCUGUGCGGGGCGAGUGGCAGCCCCGAGCCCGAGCACAGCCCCCGUAGCUCCAGGGAUUCCCUGGAGCCCAGCUCCAUGGAGGCUUCCCCGGAGAUGCACCCCUCCGCCCGCCUCAGCCCCCAGCCGGCCUUCCCUCGGGCUGGCGGCUCGGGGCUCAGCCGCAAGGACAGUCUCACUAAAGCCCAGCUCUAUGGGACCCUGCUCAACUAAGCGCCCGCGUGCAGGCCUCAGCCACGGCCACCCCCGCGCACACACGUCCCGGGUCCCCAGGGGUGCAGCCUCGCCUCCCCAACACCCAGCUCCCCGGCCCUGCAAACAAGGACCCCUCUCCACCUAGCCCAGUCGAGCCUGAGAGGGGGACCCCCAGCCCACGUGUCUCGUCCGCCCCCGUGGCACCGUGGUAGAACGUUCUUUGACCUACCGCUAUCCUUCCCCGGCUGCGAUGAGCUUUCCCUGCUUUUGUAACGUGCACCUCUUUCUACAGUGCAGAAGCGUCUUUCUUCACGCACUGGGCCUCCAGCUCUCUGGACGGCGGCCUUGGCGUUGCCAGCGCAAAGCUCCUUGACUUUCCGGCGAGGGCGAGAUGGGCCUGCCCCUUGGAGGGAAGGACGGUGUCCGGCCGAGACACCCCAGCAAGCCAGUGACAAGGGAACCCCAAAGCUCUGCCCACGAAGAGGGGAACCGAAAUGGGUGAAGGGAUGAGAGACGUUUCCAGCUAUUCUUGCGUGUGGCCCGCCCCCGUCCCCCCCAGCUCUCCCGUGGUCUGUAGUCCCGAGUGGGGCCGGUGCUCGUCCCCCAGUGUCCCGCUCCCUGGCACCACCUCGCUCUACCUCAGAUGCAAUGAGGCCCCCCGACCCCCGGUUUCCGUGGCUUGCUUUCCUGUUGUCUGUGAUGCAUGCCCUGUCUCAGUACUGUAUUUUGCACUCAGUAAUUAAAGUCAUCAGUGGAAAGAAA